CAGUAGUCCCUCCUACCGUGAUAACUAGCUGAUCACAAUCUCCAAAGUAGUGGAUGAAAACGGGUUGCUCGUGCUCUCUGGAAUUUGCUCAUUUGAGUUGUUUUACAAUAUUACGGAACUAUAUACAGAAGCCCGCACUCUUCGGUCAUCCCGUAGCUUCUGUUUAGGUGAUGACGAUGUUGAGCUGCUCACGUUCAUGAAGCUUUGCCAUAACAUUACAUUUUCCCCGUUUUGUAUUUGGUAUUCAAGGGACUACAGCGUCCAACAUGUUUAAAGAAUCCAUUGUAGUUCUCGCAAGCAUCCUAGAGCGUGCCGUUUUCUGGCCCGAAAAAGAAGCCGUGGUAAGCUGUCUCACCAGAUAUUUCUGGCAAUACAAAGAAACCAGGAUGAUACUGGACUGUACAGAAAUUGAAAUUGAGAGGCCCAAAGACCUCGUGUCAAGGUUGCUGACGUACAGUCAUUACAAAGAGACGUACACGGCCAAGGUCUUGGUGAGCGAAACGCUGGCAGGCUUAAUUAGUUAUGAUAGCCCAGCGUAUGGCGGAAAAGCAUCCGACACAUUCAUAACAAAGGAGUCGCAGAUACUUGACAAAUGCACUCCACACACUGACAGUGUGUGGAGUGCAUCCUUUGUCAUGGUUGACAAAGCAUUUCUUAUCAGUGAGCUGUGCCGGGAAAAAAAUGUAAAAGUGAUAAGGCCUCCAUUCCUAAUGGAGAAGCAGCUCACUGCAGAGGAAGCCAGGACUAAUCAGUUGAUAGCCAGUGCUCGAGUACACGUAGAAAGGGCAAUUCAAAGAAUGAAGCUCUUCCGAAUUCUACGACAUCGGUUUGAUCUAAAUCUUCUUCCGUAUGUUGACGAGAUCUUCACUGUGAUCACUGGCAUAGUGAACCUAUAG